GCGGUGUUGGUGGUUUAUAUUUCUCGUGACCGCACACGGUGCGUUGUGCCGCUGUCCAUCAUUUCCUCGUGUGCUGUAAAAGGAAUGCCGGAAUCCGUCGUCCCCUUCAUCGUCGCCGCUGCUGCUGCCGCCCCCGACUGCUCUGUGCGACGAUCGAACGGUCAACAGUAGGCAACCAAUACGAUCACCACAUCGGUGGGAAACUUCCACCUUCCUCGGGCCAACGAUGAUGGCCAGUUACUGUUUGCGCAACGCCGUAUCGUCCUGGUGUCCCACGCUGGGCAGGGUUUGCGGUCUUCGUGUACAGUUCGGUGCUUGCGAAACCGUUCGCUCGUACGUUUCGGGCUGUCACGACGACGGGCGCAGGCUGCUGAAACACACGCCACCAAAGGAACUGGUACGGGAGUGCCCAGCGGCCAACGUAUCGACAGCAUUUGCUACCGACGCAUUUGAAAAUACUCGAAAUGCAUUCGCUCGGCGCGACGAGAUGCUGCUGCGUCGAGCUACGACCGAAUCUGUAUCACUGGAUACGGCCAGAAUAAACUGCAGCAAAGUGACUACAUCAGGCGAUCCCGCACCAAACGCUAGUCAACCACCGACGGAGGAGCAGCUUCACCGCGUGUACCAUGUGCUCUCGCAGACGCUGCCAAAAUUGUUCGUCCAGCCACUUGACUACUCGAUCUACAGCCCCAACCUAAUCUUCGAGAACAACAUACGCGGCACGAAGACAGUCGGGCUUUACCAUUACGUGAAGCAGAUUGCGCUGCUGCGUACGGUUGGUCACCUGAAGUUCGCCUACGUUACCUUCGAGGUGCUCAAAAUUACCAAACACACCGAGGACAACAGCGUGAAGGUGCGGUGGCGUAUCCGCGGCAUUAGUGCACUCAAAGUGAUGCUGCAGUUUUGGAAGUACAAGCUGUGGAAGCUGAAGGAAAUCUUCGAUGAACAGGAAGCGUGGUAUGACGGAUUUUCUGUGCUUUACGUUGGUUCCGACGGUUUGGUAGCAAAACAUAUAGUUGAUAAGAUUAUGCCCGAUGACGAUGUAGCGAAGGCAGUGCCGAAGACACUAGCUUCACCCAAGCUGGCCCUGAUAGUUGGGCUGACGGCAGAGAUGUACCCGGUAGUUAGCGGUCCAUGAACCAAGUGGGUUACUUUGGCGCUAUCCACACAUACAAAAACACACAUCAUGAUCAUAAUUCCUGCGAGAUAAUGUGAGCGCGAACCAGUUGCACUGCGCUUGCUUCGGUUUUUUAUGACGUUUUUUUUCUCGCGGCAACUCGCCAUCAUACAUGUCUCUGAGUCUGAGGUAUGCUUAAAGAGUAAAUCUUAUUAAAAAAAGCUGCAGUAUAUAUAAUAACAAACAUUAAAUUUGAAAAAGAGUUUUUGAAUGUUAAUUGAAUUGAACGGUCCUGGUGUGAGCAGGCCACUAAUGCUCUUGAUUGCUUGGUACGAAGCAUAUAUAGUAGCUCAAACCUGUGAAUAUAAUUUCGACAGAUAAAGGAAUACGAGAUAAAGAAAGAAAAAUAAGUUG